AUGAGUCUGCUAGAGAAACUUGUGCUUUUCUGCUCUGGCUUGCUGUUUUUGCUGCAGGUCCUGGCGCUGGGGGAAAACUAUGAGAAGUCUAAGUACAGCGAAAACAGUGUGGGCCGUCUUUUCAGCAUAGGAAUGAAGAAGUAUGUUACUUUGUACAACACAGGAGGCAAAGAGUAUGCAGACGUUGACGAAAAGAAGGAGAUGGCUACUCGGCUGUACAUCCGAAUCAUUCGAGAUGGAUCGAUGACGCACGGAGUUAUUCUGUCGGCAGAGGAAAAAGACCAGGAAAAGUGCGCAAACAAGACAGAAGAUUACGGGUCUGGGUACUCGGCGCAGUACUUGGAAUGCCCUGGGUUUUCGGUCGAGGGCAAGGAAGGCAACCUCAUUGCGCUGGCUCCGUACCAGAACGAGGCCAUGUUUAAGUUUAUGUUUUCCCCCGCGACCCUGUCUCGACUUCACGGAUUCCGGAUAUAUAAUGAAGGCAAGUGCAUUGCUGCCAACUCAAACGGACAGCUUUUCGCCGACGAGUGCGAGUACAUCGACACGAUCAAGAAGGCCAACCAAAUUUUUUCCUGGGUGGACGACACGCUUUUCAGCAAAGACUACAACCCAAUGGGGGUGCUUGACCAAACCACGAACCCUGCAGACCCGUACUACGACGAGUACAACAAAAACAUAAAUACCGCUUGGAUAGACCCAAAUCCGACAUAA